GGCAGUUGCUAGCCCAGUAGAGAACAUUGGACCCUAAAGGCAGCAGGGUGCUUAGGUUAGGGAGGGAUGAUGGGGGGGGGUUGGAGUCCUUCUCCCCCCCCACUUCCCAUCAUCUGGCCAGGCUGUAUUUUGAAAGGCCAUGGGCCCAGCUGGAACCUGCUGCCUCAGAGCUGGGCCUGCUCUUGGGGGAGGGGUGUUUGCCUGUUGCCAAGGUACCCGGGUUCCGGCUCCUCAAAGUGGGCACAGUCAUGCUGUACUCAUUGCUCUUAGUGCCAUCGCUGUUCCUGCUGGUGAUGCCUAUCCCUAGCCAUGGUUGGUCGAGGCCCCUCUGGUACCAAGUAGGGCUGGACUUGCAGCCCUGGGGCUGCCAGCCAAACAACUUGGAUAGCUGCAGGAGCAGUCUGGGCUGCCCUGGCUACUGGAUGGGCCUGGGAGAAAAUCGCAUCUACCCCGUGGCUGGGGUCACAAUCACCACUACGAUGUUGCUGGUUAUCAGCCGUGUGGUAUUGCACCGGUGGCGAGCUAAGGUUUCUAAGAGUCAGCUCCCACCGGUGACCACCAGCUCCUGCAAACAAUGGAAACGACAGCCUAUUGUCUCAGACCGCACCCUGGUCCUGAGGGUCCUUCACAUGCUGGAUGCCAUCCUGCUCCACAUUGAGGGCCACCUGCAGCGGCUGGCUUCCCAACAACAAAAUCAAAUAAAAGGGUCUCCUCCUCAGUCUGGGUGACCCCAAUAUA